AUGCACCUACCCCCAGAAACAGAAACAGAAACUUCCCCCUCCCCCUCCCUCCCCACAGUCCCCCUCUCCAACUUCCGCAUCCCAGACUACCCUAAUGCCCCUCUCCUCUUAAACCAGCGCCCUCUCAGCAUCUACUCUGUUGAAAACGACCUUCCACCAUCUGUCUCCACAAACAGCAUAGAUCCAGCAAUCGGCCUCGCUACCGUGUUGUAUAAUUGGCAUCCCACAGCGCUGGCGGCAUUUUUGGAUCUGGAUGCUUGGUUUUCGUUUACGUGGACGUUUGGACGGAGGGGUGUGAGGGAGAAAGAGGGGAAGGAUGGGGAGAAGGGAGUGACGUUUGAAAUCGGACGUAUAGCAAACCAAAUCACCUUCGGGAUCCUAGAUGCCAAGGAGGAGAAUUGGGAGAAGUGUGCUAGUUAUAACAUCACCGUCUCCUCCUCCACCGAUACAAACUCCGAGGAUGGUACCGAGGAGGACGGGAACGACGACACCGCCAACUCUACAUCCAUCAAUACCCCAAGCGACCUCGGAAAAUGGCUCCCCAACCCCAAAGAAAGCAUGCGAGGCGAAACAGAAACCACCGCCCCCUCAGAAGUAGAAGCUCUCGCCCGCGAAAUCGCCACCGCAAUGCUAGCCGAAAAAAUCUGGAUCGCGCAAAAACGUUCCUCCCGCACCUUCUGCGUCGAAUACGCACCGAUGGAUAUCUGGGGCGACGGCAUUCCCAUGGAUGUGCGAUGGUUAUACGAAGGUAUUGAUUUUUCCAAGUGUAGUUUUUGCUCCAAAUCCGAAUCCGAAGUGGGGAAGCCAGGGCUAAGUCGCUGUGGACGGUGUGGCACAGCAACGUAUUGUGGGGAUGAGUGUCAAAAGGCGGAUUGGAAGGUGCAUAGGGUAGUUUGUAAGAUGAAUAUGGAGGAUAGGGGGCAGGCGAUUAAGUUGGUGGAGAAGGGCGGGUUGAUUAGGUGGGAUGAGGAGAGGAUGUUUGCGCAAGGGGUGGGGGAGAUGAGUAGGAAUCCGGGGUUUGAGGUACCGCAGGAAAAGAGGAGGUUACGGGGGUGA